GAACAGUUUUUUUUAACUGAUUUUGCUGGAGGAACUGGAAGCUCUAAAAUAUGGCUGCUUUCGCCUCACUGACCCUGACUUCAUCUUCAUCUUCUUUACAUCCUACUGUCCAAAUCUCACCUCUUGUACUCUCCUCAAAAUUUCUUUAUGACCCAAGUUCCUAUCGCCCCACAGUUGGAUCAUUCAGACAUGCAAAGCAAAAAUUUGCCCCUCAGACCAAUCCAAGGAGCCUCAUAAUCCUUGGUGCAGCAACAAAACAAGCAAAAACACCAGCUGAAGAGGAUUGGAAGGUGAAGAGGGAAGUUCUGCUGCAGAAAAGGGUAAGGAGUGUUGACGCGAAUGAAGCUCUGCGCCUUCAGAAGGAAAAUAACUUCGUGAUUCUUGAUGUAAGGCCAGAAGCAGAAUUCAAAGAGGGCCAUCCACCAGGUGCCAUUAAUGUGCAAAUCUACAGGCUUAUAAAGGAGUGGACAGCAUGGGACAUCGCCAGGAGAGCUGCAUUUGCAUUUUUUGGCAUCUUUUCGGGUACAGAAGAAAACCCAGAAUUCUUGCAAAGUGUAGAAUCAAAAAUAGAUAAAAAUGCCAAAAUAAUAGUAGCAUGCUCAUCCGGUGGGACAAUGAAACCCACCCAGAACCUCCCAGAAGGUCAACAAUCAAGGUCACUGAUAGCAGCCUACUUGUUGGUUCUCAAUGGCUAUACCAACGUAUUUCACUUAGAAGGGGGUCUCUACAAUUGGUUCAAAGAAGGAUUGCCUGUAGUUUCAGAAGAGUAAGGUAUCUGCAAGAUUUUUCUGCUAAUAACAUUGGAAAGUAAACCGUAGCUUGCCAUUUUUGGUAGACGCCAUAAAAAAGCACAGGCUGGCUUGGGUUGAGUGUGACGGCUUCACCAACCUUCAAUCUUACCAUCUGUGUGCUGAACCAGGAACCAUUUUAAAUAUGCAUUCAUAAGAUGGACAGUAUAGUAGAGUAGAUUAUGUUUUAGAAUGGAAUCCCCCCUCCCUUCUGGAUGCUUGUUUUGUAAUGAAGAAUGUGCAUGUAUGACCUUUGCCUGGGACUAUUAUCCUUUCCAGUUGAUGUAUUUAACUCUAUUAAAAUCAAUAAAUCAGUACAGCUUACUAUAA